AUGUAUAUUCGAGCCGCUCAUGACGACGCCACCAUCCCCAUGCUGCGCCAGCUAAUUCGCGACAACCCUUUAGGCACUCUCGUCACGGCUAUUCGAUCCAAGUCUCACCCUCUGAUACUGUCGAGCCAUAUACCAUUUGUACUUGAUAUUCAGAACGAGGAUGACGAAGCUGAAUUGGGCGUCCUCCGGGGGCACUUAGCGCGGCAAAACCCCCAAAGCAAAGUCCUCAUCGAAGCAAUCCAGUCACAAUACGAAGCAGCGCCCGAAAACGUUCUCGAGGACGAAAUUAUGGUCCUAUUUACGACAUCAGCACAUCACUAUGUUACCCCUAAAUUUUACGUCGAAUCGAAACCGAGCACUGGCAAAGUGGUUCCAACUUGGAACUACGCCGCAGCGCAAGUAUACGGAAGGGCCAGGAUUUAUUUUGACUCCAAGUCCGACGAAACUAGUUCGUUCCUAUCGAGGCAAAUAGAUGAUUUGUCGGAGCUUGCUGAGGUAUCUUUGAUGGGCCACGAUGGCAUUGAUGCCAGACCAGAGGCAUGGAAGGUGGCAGAUGCGCCUGAGUCAUACAUCAAGCUUAUGCAGAAGAACAUCAUUGGCAUUGAAAUUACGAUUGAACGAUUAGAGGGCAAGUUUAAAAUGAGCCAGGACAAACGGCCAGGCGAUAUUAACGGCGUGAUUAACGGUUUCAAAAACCUUGGUUCUGACAUUGGCACACAGAUGGCAGAACUCGUGGAGGAGCGCGCAUUGCUUAGAGGCUUGAAACUAGGGUAG